AUGGCGAAACCCUCCGCCGCCAUCCACACCCCGCGCCCCUCCGCGCUCCGCUCUUCAUCCUCCUCCACUUCCUCCUGCUCCGCCACUCGCAGCUCCGUCGGAUCAACCUCCUCGUCGGCAGCCGCCUCCGCCGCGUCGAAGCUCCCUGUCGCCGCCGCCACCCACCGUGACUCCGCCUCGAACGCCAAGGUGGUGGCCAAGUGCCUGGUCUACGACGACGACUACUUCACCCUCCCCUCCGCCGCCGCACCCGCGCCAGACGCCGUUCCAGAGGACGGGCUCGCCUCGCAGGGGGACGACCUGGCCCCGCUCCUCGAGCUCCCGAACCCCGACGUUGUCUCCGGCGAAACCUCCUCCACCUCCGUCGUCUCCGCUGCUGUCGAUGACGCGCUGACUGCUUCCGCCGACUCCUGCGUCACCGAGGUGCCAGCGCGCGCGGACUCCGCCACCAACACCGAGGCCGACGCGGUGCUCCCGGAGGACAUCAGCAACGCGUUGGCCGAGCUGCGCGACGCCGGCGGGCUCAGCCCGCGGUCGAAGCGGCUCCUGACCGCGCUCGCCGAGGCCGCAGCCCUGGAGCUGGACGCCCCCGCGGCGGCCGCCGCCACCACCGCCCGGCGCCUGCGGCUGCGCCGCGCCGGCUUCUGGGGCAAGGUGCGCGUGGCGGUGCUCGCGGCGACGCUCGCCGCCGUGGCCGUCGCCGACGUCGCGCUCGCCGCCUACCUCUACGCGCGCCGCGCCAACGAGUGGUACGGCCACGCCCUGCUGCCCCCCACCUGA